AUGAACCUAAUAUGGAUUUUUCAUAACAUUUCUAAAUUUCUGCUCAUUAAUUAUGUGUGCGAAACAGUUAGCUCCAAGGCAAGUGCAACAGGACAUUUACUAAAUAAAUUAUUGUACUCCACUUAUGAUGUUGAAGUUCGUGAAAUCAUUUCACAAUUUUCAUUGCAAAUGGUACAUAUGCCACUUAGAUUCUACGGAAUAGGACUUUUCCAAUUUGGUUUCAAAUAUCUUCACAGAUUCAUCAUGUCAAUUGUAACCGUUUUAGUUAUAAUAAUUCAAGCGCACGAAAACAAGUAA